GUCGAUUGCUUUUGCCUGAUCACAAGCAAACUGAGUAGAAAAAGAAGAACCGUCGGAGAGUUUCUUGUUUUCUCUCCCCGCCGUCGCCUCCUUUUUUUUUUUUAAACAAUCGACGAAGGCGAGAAUCGAUUGGUUUUGCCCGGGUUGCCAUUUUACAGGAACAAACAGAACCUGAAAAGAAAGAGGUAACGAGCCUGGCCGUAAAACACACAGCUCCUUGACAAGCGCUGCCCGUAUAUCCUCACUAAGGACUAGCCACUCCAGUUUCCAAUCUCAAAAAGAAUCUUUAAACGACGAGACCCAUGGAAAUGGCCAGUGUACUUUGUAACAGAGCUAGACUGGUGACAUACCUGCCAGGAUUUUAUUCUUUGGUUAGAAGGGUUGUAACUCCCAAGGCGUUUUCCACAGCAGGAUCAUCUGGCUCAGAUGAGCCUUCUGUUGCUGCUGCACCUCCUGAUAUAUGUCCAAGAACUGUGUGGCCAGAUGAAGUAAUGGGACCUUUUGGUCCCCAGGACCAAAGAUUUCAACUCCCGGGUAACAUAGGUUUCGAUUGUCACCUAAAUGGUACCGCAUUUCAGAAGACUGCACAGGUUCAUAAAAAAUUGCCUGAUUUAUUAGUGGAGCCCCUGGCAAGUGAAAGGCAUGAAUUUGUGAUGGCUCAAUUCAUCAACGAGUUCCAGGGCAGUAAUGUUCCCCACAAGCAACAAGGAGUCAGUAAUGCCAAAACCUACUUUGAAACUGCAAAGGUAGAAUGUGCGAUACAAGCAUGUCCAGAAUUGCUGCGCAGAGAUUUUGAGUCAAUGUUUCCAGAAGUAGCUUCCAAUAGUCUCACAGUACUAACGGUAACACAGAAAACAGUAAAUGAUAUGACUGCAUGGAGUGAAGAGGUGGAAAACGAGCGAGAUGUUCUGAUAGAAACUUUUAUCAGUGGUGCCAAGGAAAUUUGUUAUGCUUUGUGCGCCGAAGGCUAUUGGGCAGAUUUCAUUGAUCCAACUUCAGGACUGGCAUUUUUUGGUCCAUACACAAACAGCACCCUUUUUGAAACUGAUGAACGCUACCACCAUUUAGGAUUUUCUGUGGAGGACCUUGGCUGCUGUAAAGUUAUUCGUCAUAAUCUCUGGGGAACGCACGUGGUAGUAGGAAGCAUUUUCACUAAUGCUACACCUGACAGCCCUAUCAUGAAGAAACUGAGUGGCAAUUAACUGCAUCGUCAUACUUAAGAAAUGGUCAAUAAACACUGUUGGGACAUAUCAAACGAUAAAUUUCACUGAUUUGUAGGCACAAAAAAGGUAUGUUAUUUAUUUUAGUCUUCUUGGGAUAUGUAGUCUCUGUACACGAUUUAUAAGGUAAUCCAACAUUUUAUCUGAGAGAUGUGUGUAUAUAUAGCAUAUGAUAUUCUAAGGAAUUACUUUUCCAUACAUUAAAUAAAGUGAAACAUCCACAGUAAUCCUACACUGGAACACAAAUCCUCAGCAUUUUCAUAAUAUUUCUCUCAAUUUCAUCAUGUUUGUUUUUGGCUAAGUCUAAUUUACUUACAAAAUGUAGGUUACAAAUUGAUUAGAAAUAGAGCAGCAUUCAUUUCACAUCUUUAGUUUUUAUCAUUUUGAAGAAGAACAUUUUUGAGGUAGGAAUAGUUCAGUUGUUCAGUUAGAUCUCAUUAAAGGAAAAUAACCUCAACCAUUCAUUUAUGCCAGAGCCAGUAUUGUCUUAUUUCUGUUUUUCAUGUUUUAUUUGGAAUAUAUUUCAGUCAGGAGAUUUUGUGACCUACUUCACGAUGAACCACAAAAAGCAUGGCUUGUACCUCUGCAACCUGGAUGCUCCCCUGGGUGAAAAGGUGAAAAUGUGGUUUUUGCCAAUUUCCUUGUUCUAUCUGUAUCCCCUCCAUGCUGUGCUACAGGAAAUUGGGGGACCCUCCAGAACAGUGUGGAAGGUGGCAUGGGGGGGAUUGCAGAGGGAAGAAGUCAGCACAAAAUACCUCCUCCCCACCAUUUUCCACCUAUGGCAGUGUCCAAAAUGUAGAACAGAAGCUCUUGCUGGAUCUGACUCGGUUCAUUGAAUAGAAUGAUCUCUUCUGUUCAUGGAACAGCAGAUCUGGAUACAACCCAGGAUUCCAAAAUAUAACCCAGCUUGAUUUUUCAAAGUUGUGAUCAAAUUAGCUAGCAGUUAAUAUGGCUGAAUGUGUCUGAGUUUCUUACAGGCCUCUUAAUCACGGAAGUAGUUGUGCGAUUGUAUCAUCCAUAAGCUAGUCAGAACCAUAUGGAUAAAAGUAGUAGUCAUCAGGGAAUUAACAGUGUAAAGCAAAAAUCUUUUUACAGUGAAGAUUCUCUGUCAUUCUCAUUACUGCCAAUAGUAAAACAUCAAACAAUGUAAUAUUUUCUUUGUAUUAGCAGGCAAGAGAUCUAGCGUGCUCUUUUAUUUCAUGGAUCCAGUUUGCCCAGUUGUGGGCCAUGUUUUGAAUGCUGGUAUAGAUUGAAUUCUGUCAGUAGAAGGCUUCUUUUGUGUUAGUAAAUAUUGUCUGAGGCAUUGCAGCUGGUUAAUGUUUUCUGUCUUGUUUCUCUAAUAUAUGAAGUUCUAAAAUGUUAAUGAACUUCAAGCCAUUAUGUUAAACAUCUCAUAACAUUACAUUAUGUCAAACAUUAUAUCUCGUAACAUAACAUUAUGUCAAACAUUAUGUUAAACAUUAUGUUAAAGCGUCAUGGGUUUCUCUGGUUGAUACUCAUUUUCUGGGUGCCGAUUGUUGUGCCAACGUUGUUGAUUAAAGUGAGAAGCUGUUGUCCACUUGGCUUUCAUCAAAAUCCAUGGUUACAGUGAUAAUUGAGAUUAGUGUGCAUGUGUGUGGUUUGGUUAUUAGUUGUAUAUAUAAUUUUUGCCAUUUUUUCUCUCUGUUACAAUCAUGUUUACAGUAAUUAAAGGUGCUACAUGUUGGCCUGUGCUGUCCUUAUCUAAAGCCCACUUUGCACAAGCAGCAGAACGAGGUAGCAAAAUUAGCUUUUUCUUAUUACCCUGGAAAUCUUUAAUUGAAAGGGUGAUAUGAAAAUGUUUUAUUGAAUUGUAUUAUUCACUAAAUUUAAUGAAUUUACAGAUGAGGAAAUCAUGGUUUGAAUGCUUCCUUGUGUAAAAACAAAACAACCUCCCAGCAAGCAGAGUAAUGGAAUGGACUAAACUUGCCUCUCUGAUCUAGUUCUUAUUUGUAAGGGUUUUUAUUUGAUGGUGAUAUGUUUAAAAAAUGGAACCUGAAGUGGUACAGUCUUCUAUCACCUCAUUCUGCUGCAUGUAUAGACCAUGCCUCAGUUUUCUUACUAACCAGUUCUAUUAAGAUCCUAGUCCAAAUAUCCUAUUUCGAUGAACUGUUGUUGCAUGAAGAAUGACUUCAAAUAAGAAUAAAGGUAGCCCUGCUGCAGAACUAUCAGAAGCUUGCGGCACCACACUGAGAGAAGCGGCAGUAUGUCACUAGCACAAUACUCCUAUGCUCUAUUUACUUUGAAGCAGCACCAAUGUUAGAGGGAGGGGGCUGAUCAGGUGAGGCUCUGAUCCCUCUUUUUUCCAUUUUUAAAAAACUUAAUGUGCGUAAUGAAGCUAUGGCUUUCCCAACAUGCCAGAGAAGGUUGGGCAAUGGAAGCUACCACUGGACUAUAACAAGUUGGUGCAGGGACAGUGCCCUUUGUGGUGUACAAGCCAUUUGCUAGCAUGAAAAUUCCAAGUAAAAUGUUCAUGUUCUCAACUCGUUAUUAAAACGAACCUGCAUUUCUUUUUCUGUGAAUAUCAUUGUCAGAAGUGUUCUCAAAAUGGAUUUUCAGGCUGAGCAGCUGUGCAUUUAGGCACAAUUUAAAAUAUGCUGGAUGUACAUAUUUUUUAUACUGAAUUAAAUGCUCCAAGGCGCAAUGUAUGUGUAGGUGCUCACUAUUAGUGCUGGCACUUUAUUUAUAAUUUAUGUAGCAGUAAUUCUGGAAGUAAAUAUACUAGAAAUCUUCCAUAUGAAUACGGUGUCUUUGGCUCUGAUGACAAAUAAAUUAUGAGUUCAAAAUUACCCUAACAUGGAGUACAGAUGAGCAGUGUGGUUUUUUGUAUUCAAACGGUAAAUAUUCUAUGCUGCCAAGAUCUUUGUGCUGAAUGCAGGAGGUGGCUGGAAAUAAGUUAAUUUACGGCAGUUUUCCCAAAGGAGAAGAAAGAAGAAAAUGUGGAAAACUCCACAGGUGUAGAAUUAAUAUUUUAAUAAUUUCAGGUAGAAUGUAUCUAAGGAAACAGCGAAUAAAAUAGAAAAUCCCAAGAAAA